AUGGAAGUCAAGGAUCUUAAGGACCUGAAAGGUUUCCUCUAUGGAUGGCUUGGGAAGCAAAAAAUGGGUGCACCGCAGUACUCAAUCACCUCCAUAAACCGCGGAGGCACUCAGAGGUUCAAAUGCGAACUACGUGUGCCUGGGCAGAGCUAUGUUGGAUUGGGUAACUCGCUCAACAAGAAGGAUGCUGGUACAAAUGCUGCACUGGACUUUUGCAAUUAUCUUGUUCGCCAGGGCUUAAUGAAAGCAUCGGAAGUUCCAGCUCUUCAGGCGUCUUCCUUACAAGCUACCACUGAUACUCCUGAUUUUGGUGAUGCUCCUGGCUCAUUCUUCAAGACUGAACCAGAUGGAAGCGCUCCUGGCUCGUUCUUCAAAACUGAACCGACUGACGGUGCUGAACAACAAGCUGGU